GUCGAAUUUGUUAGAUAAUCAUUGCGUGUACAAAAUCAAUAACACACUAACAGAAUCGUGUGUUAUGUUCCCUGAAAAGACACCAGAAACAAGGUUCAAUGAUUUAGGAAUUCAAGCGGUGAACUUGUCAACAAGGCUGGACAACGUUUGGACGGAUGAAGACCGCAGCGAGGUAAGGCAACCUGCGGUACGAGCUAAAUCUCCAAGGCUGAAACGAAGAAUCAUUCUUCCUGUUGCAUUGCGGUCGCCAUAUGUCAUGCGCGUUGUCUCAUUGAGAGACGAGUGUGAUAUGUCUGAAGGCACACUGGCUCGUUGUAUGUUUUGUGGCGUAGGAAAAAAGUGGGAAGUUUUGUUCAGCAACAAUGGGGGGAUAUCUGUGAUGAGGGGGCCUUUUGAGUCGAUGAUACCUGGUGUAACUCUACACGUGAAUGUCAUCAGUGCCUGGGCCGUAGUCUUAAACUACGAAGAAAAAAUGAGGAAGAUGGGGACAACCCCAAAAUUAUUCUGCAACGCCGGAAUGUUGCUGGAGAAAGAUUUUCAGAUGUCUGAGGAGCACCGCAUAACAGAAUUUACUAGAAACAUGAACGCUGUGCUGGCUGGGACAGAACCAAAAUCAUUUAAAGGUUUCCAGAUGGUAUUUGUACCUAUCUUGGCAAGGGAUCACUACUAUCUUCUGCUUUUCAAUUUGUCAACAACACAGAUCUUGAUUAUUGACAACAUGGAAGGUGAUGCAGGAUUAGAAAGAUACCACGGAAAUGUGGAGAAGAUGAUAAGUACGUUUUGUCGGUAUCUUAGUCAAAUACAACCAGGAGUCGCUGAAAAACUAAGGACUACCGAACCUGUUCGACUGAAAUUCCCAUGGCAAACACUAUACAAUGUCAUUGACUGUGGUAUUUUCCUGAUGCGGCAUAUGGAAACUUACAAUGGAACAAGUGUGAAAGAGUGGACGUGUGGUUUCUCAGCUGAGAGAAACAUCAAAGGAGAAGUCUUAGGUAAUCAAGCGAAGGAAAUCGAGGAUCUGCGUAAGAAGUACAUCUCAAAAAUGCUUCUUAGUGAUGUGAACACCGCACGGGUCGAUGUAGAGCGAGAAGUGAAAGAAUUCGCAUAUUUAGACGAGGAUGAAAGGGUGAAACUUGAAGAGGAUGCAGCCGAGCGGAUUUGUCAAAGGUUGGACGGUACACCGUAGGUGGACGACAAAAAAACAUCGACUUCUUGAAGAGGAUGCAGUCGUGCGGAUUUAGGCAUUUUAACAUAUAUCAUGUGUUAGCAUGUUAAUGCUCUUGUUAUGGGGUUUAAACAAUGGUAAAAAAACAUUUGGUCGCUCCUUGGGAUCUUGAGAUUACAUAAAACACCCUAGUUAAGUUACUGAACAUUGUUUAUCAACAAAGAUCCUGAAGGGCG